GACUUCUGCUAGCUCGAACAAAGGACUUGGACACCAAAGCCAUGCCAAAACACCUUAGUCGCAUGAUUGUACACUUCUCAAUAGACCUGCACCGGGAGCUGCUCAAGACUAGGGACCAACGCAACAAUACCAUCUAUUCUCCAUACAGCGUUGCGACAGGUCUCUCCAUGGCCCUCGCCGGAGCACGUGGCAAAACCGCCGAAGAGCUCCUCUCCGUGAUCCGAACAAAGGAUGAAAAUGUUCACGAUAAGUUUGCGUCCUUUUUCCCGAAGCUGUCGAAUCAAAAGCUGCAAUUCUACGUCGCCAACAGAAUCUACAGCGAUCUGAAGUUUCCAGUCGUCGAUGAAUGCGCGGUCUUCCUGAACUCUACGUACUCGUCCAACAUCGUGUCCGUCGACUUCCAGAACAAGAGCGAAAGCGUCAGAGUCCAGAUCAACGACUGGAUAAAGGAAGCCACCGGAUCCAAGAUAACGGACCUCCUGGCUCCGGGAAGUGUGGGCCCUACGACCAGCGUGAUCUUGGUAAACACCAUAUAUUUCCGCGGUCUCUGGGAGUCACCGUUCUCGGCCGAUAAGACGUCGCGCCGAGAUUUCCACGUCAAUGCCUCUACGAAAGUGCAGGUGGACAUGAUGUGCCAGAAAGAGGAUUUCGCCAUCACUCACAGUGAGGAGCUCGCGGCCAGGGCCAUCGAGAUGCCUUACAAAGGUGGCAGGGCAUCCAUGGUCGUACUGCUACCUGACGCCAUCGACGGUCUGUCCUAUCUAGAGCAUCAUCUAUCGCAUCACAAGCUGUCGGCAGUCUUGGCGGAUCUCAAGGAGACACCAAACGUCGAACUAAGCAUGCCCAAGCUCCUGCUACGGCAGAGUUUCUCUCUGAAGAACACCCUCAUGACAAUGGGGGUCAAUGACCUGUUCACGGAGAAAUGCGACCUCUCCGGCAUGUUCAAGGCGGGAAAGCCGUCGGUGUCCGACAUAAUACACGAGGCAUGCCUGCAGGUGGACGAGGAAGGCAUGGAGGCUGCUGCUGCCACCGCUGUUACGGGUGCCGGGUCUGCCGCCCCAGCAGCAACGCAGACGACGGAGUUCCUGGUUGACCAUCCAUUCAUGUUGUUCAUAUUGAGGGGCAAGUCCGAUAUGGUCCUGUUUAUGAGCUCCGUGCGAAAUCCUUGACAUUUUUUUUCUUUCCUGUGCCGAUUCCCUGUGACAGAAGUCGGGAAUCGACUUUCGUCAAUUGAUUGCAGCUUUGGACAUGUGGCCUUACCACAAGAGUAUAAAUAAAUUGGGAACGUGCCACACGCGCGGG